AUGGCAGAAGUGAAGAAAGUGUUAAAGGCAUUAGCUGUUUGUAAGGGGCAGUCGGGGUCAGAGCCAGAUGGGUUUGGUGUGGCAACUUUACCAGGGGAUAAUAGUUUAUUGAUAGAAGACCAGAAUUUAUGUGGUAUAGCUUCCAUGACGGUCCCCGUAUAUAUUGCUGAGUGUUCUCCCUCACAUUUACGAGGCCGAUUGGUUACUGUGAAUAACCUCUUCAUUACUGGAGGACAGUUUUUUGCCAGUCUCCUGGAUGGGGUGUUCAGUUUCCUUCCUAAAGAUGGAUGGAGGUAUAUGCUGGGUAUUUCUGCUGUCCCUGCCGUUAUACAGUUUUUUGGAUUCUUAUUUCUUCCUGAGAGUCCACGAUGGCUUAUUCAGAAAGGAAAGACGCAGAAAGCACGUAGAGUUUUGAGUCAGAUUCGUGGAAACCAGAACAUAGAUGAGGAGUAUGAGACUAUCAAGAACAGCAUUGAAGAAGAACAAAAAGAAGGAGGAACUGGACCAGUGAUCUGGAGAAUGCUGACCCAUCCCCCCACCCGACGAGCCCUUAUUGUGGGUUGCGGACUACAGAUGUUUCAACAGCUUUCAGGAAUCAAUACAGUCAUGUAUUACAGUGCCACUAUUCUGCAGAUGUCUGGAGUACAAAAGGUAACACUGGCUAUCUGGUUGGCUGCAGUGCUGGCAUUUGUUAAUUUCAUCUUCACCAUAGUUGGAGUAUGGCUGGUGGAAAAAGCAGGUCGCAGAAAGCUUAUACUCGGCAGUUCUGCAGGAACUUUUAUAAGUCUUGUAGUUUUGGCAGUUGGAUUUCUCCUUUCAUCCCUCGCUUCACCCCAGGUUAUGCUUCGUGAGACUUCUGGACCAGUUGGCACUUGUUCAAACUACAGUUACUGCGAGGGAUGCAUGCUUGAUCCAGAUUGCGGUUUCUGCUAUAAGAUGAAUGAUUCCACUGUUAUAGAAUCUUCUUGUGUUCCAAUAAAUGAAAAGUCAUCUGACGAAGCAUUGUGGGGCAGAUGUUCAAACAAAACAGUGAAUAAUGAAGGAGGACUACUUUGGGCAUAUAAUUACUGUCCAACUCCAUAUUCAUGGACAGCACUUCUGGGUCUCAUUUUAUACUUGAUUUGCUUUGCACCUGGUCUUGGACCAAUGCCUUGGACAGUAAAUUCUGAGAUUUAUCCACUGUGGGCUAGAAGUACAGGAAAUGCAUGUUCAUCUGGAGUGAACUGGUUAUUCAAUGUUAUGGUAUCACUGACGUUUCUGCAUGUAGCAGAGUAUCUCACAUACUAUGGAGCAUUCUUCUUUUAUGCAGGACUUGCUGCACUUGGGUUUCUUUUUAUAUACGGCUGCCUUCCAGAGACUAAAGGGAGAAAACUGGAGGAGAUUGAAUCUUUAUUUGAAAAUAGGCUAUAUUUUGUUUGAUCAGCCUCAUGUUUCAACUACCCGAGGAAAAGUCACAGGAAUACCACAGCACCAUACGCAGUACCAGAUCAGAAUCAGACAAUUCUGGCAUUUUAUAUGUUAUGGUAUAAAAUGUCUUGAGUGCGGGUAAUAUUUAUAGGAGUUUACAUGUAGUUAAAACAUUUUCAAUUGUUCAGAUGUCAUCCAGAUUAAACUCAACAAGAAAUCAGCUGUUUGUAUUUUAUAAAAUAAAAAUAAUUUAGAAAAAAAAGGCAGAGAAAAAGCAUUUUAAAAUGUGGACUAAAUGAAGGAGAUAUGCCUUUUUCCAGAUCAUAGUUCAGAAUAAUACAUCUUGUGAUGCAUUUUAUAUAUUAAAGUGUCUGAUUAUAUACCAUAUAUUAUUUAAUGUAUGUAGAAGCAGAAGUUAGGCUUAUGGCUAAAUGGGUCUAUAUUAAAUUGUCAAAACGGCAUUACAGUGAAUUCCAUUUUGACGACACAUAAGCGAAAUGCAAUAACACUGAAAGCUCAGGUCAGCGAUUUUUUUUCCUAGGGAAAAAAAAAUUGCUUGGCCUGAGCUGUGACAUUGCCCUUUACCCCACUAUAGUGUGAUCUUGGAGUUGGUAUAUUUAGUUCGGGGGGUGUGGGUGACGAAGCCCUCCACUUUUAAAUUAUGUAACUUGUGUGUUUUGUGUUGUUGGUCUACCAAUUUUUUCCCUAGGAAAAAUUUGGUGACCUGGGGUUUUGCUGCUGUUGCAUUUCGUUCUUUAUGUGCCAUUGAAACAGCAUUCGUUGUAAUGCCAUUUCGACAAUUUAAUAUAGACCCGACUAAAUCUGUGCCCUGAUAUUUUGAGUGUUCCAUUUAUUAUCAGGCUUUCAGAAGCUAUUAGCCAGAAAAAAAUGGGUGCAUAACAACAAUUAAUGGUGCUCAACAACAAGAUGUGAAAAAAGUAAGCAUGUGUUAAAACAUGCAGAAUACAUCAAAUAUAGUAGAAAAGGGUACUCCAGUAAUUAAUUUGACACACUACAAAUACAUAGAUAUUACCAAAACAUCAAUGACUGCUGUAAGGAAUACUUUUAAGAAUUUGCUAUCAAGUGAAUCACAGUCAAUGCUGUCAGAUGUGAAGCCAUUUAAUAAGCAUACUGCUACUAGUCUGGUCUUCAUUCAGUAUGAUUAUUAUUGUUAUUUCUGUAUUAUUAAAAGUAAUUAGUUUCUUUGUUGUACUGCUAACAGAUGUUGGUGCUAGAGAAGAAAUAAAAACAAAUGUAUUUUAUUCUUGACAACAAAUAACCAGCAGUAGAGCUCCCAGUAAGUCAUUUUAUUUUGGAACUGCAAACAAAAGAAACCGUCUGGUGCUUUAAUUCCAAGUAGAACAACAUUAGUAGGGUUGCAAUUUAAUAUACUAAACCAGAGGGUAAAAAAAUA